AUGGCCUCGAGCAUGCCGACGGGCAUGACAUCGCCAAGGAUGACCUCGUCCAGCCAGGACAGCAAGCGAACCUCCCGGCCGCGGAACUCGGUAGCUGAGGUUGUCACUGCUGCCAUAAAGGGCGAAGAGGGAAGCCUCUCCAACAUCUUUGCCGGCGAGUCUGAUUAUUUGGGACAGAGCACUGGUGGCCUGGACAGGGAAACCUUGCGCAAAAGGAUCCUGCUAGAGCUGAAGAUGUUGAACACGCUGCCCAGGUUUCUUUUGUUUUUGGCUACCUUUCUGCUCUUCAUCAUGGUCCAGCAGGUGGAAUAUGAUCCCACGAGCUUCUCUGGAAUCCACCUACGCCUUAGGGAUCAUUUCAUGGUGAAGGAUGUGUACGCCAUCCGUCAGAUCCCAGAGCUGAUGGCGUAUUUGGACUACUAUGUUACCGCUACAGAGCAACUGAACCCUUUGGAUAUUUACCACUGGUGUGCAGAUGAAGAUACUGUACAGCUUCCAGUCAAUCGAAUCCGGUGCAACCGUGAUCGAGGAGCUUUGCCAGACAAAGCAUUUCUUGAUCACUAUGCGGUCAGCUCACAGCGCUUGCAGGAUGCGCAGAGCAAUCAGCUCUACUACAUGGUGCGCGAAAUCCGAGAUGCCACUGUAGCGCCUCAGAGAAGAAUGAAGGCGGAAGGAAAGAAUUCCAGCUCGAGGUCUAGCUCAAAGCGGCUUCCUCGAAAGAGCCAGGUUGCAGUUUCGUUGAGGAGCCCAAAGGUGGCACAACGGGAUGCUGCUUUAGCGACCAAGCCUGUUGCAUGGCUGGCCAACACCUCUGGCAUUGUGGGAUUUGCGCUUAACGGUGUAAUGCUGGUGGGUGCUCAUCAUGAGCGCGGAAAGGCCAUGCCGACUUCUUGGCACUUUGACAACUGUGGUGGACAUGUGGACGCCACAGGACAUUACCACUACCAUUUUCCUGCAUCGUGCUUCCUUGGUCGGCAAGGUCAUGUAGCACCUGGACGUGCAGAUUGGUGGGCUCAGCCUGAUCCCAUGGCCUAUUGGCCUAGCCUUUCAAAGCCUUCGCCAAUCCUUGGCUAUGCUUUGGAUGGAGUUCCCAUCCGUGGGCCCUAUGGAACAGAUGGACGGCUUGUAAAUACCAGCGAGCUGGAUGAAUGCAAUGGGCGUACUGUGCUGAACGAGCAUGGGCAGAAGGAGUAUCAUUACAUUUGGUCCAUCGCUGAUCCGUUUCUGCCUCGCUGUUUCAAAUUGCUGCCGGCAGCAUUCAAACUUGAGAAGCCAACAAGCGAAAUUUGCCGAGAAAGCGGUGAACCUGGAGCUACCUUGAGCAAAGACGAUGAGUUUUGGAUGCUCAAAGCCAAUGGCUGCCCAGACCAUCCGUAUUUUGGAGAGCCCGUCAAGGUCAAUGAAGUUGCUGCUGUUCUGGAUCAAACUGCUGAGAUUCGGAAGCUCGAUGCUUGCUCCGCUUGCUCCGCUUGCUCAGGUGGCAACUGCACAGGUGGCUAUUCGAACUGUUCUGCCGGAUGCAAAGCUGGAUGCAGCUCUGGAUGUUGUGCUGGAUCCUCGAACUGUUCCGCGAGCUGUUCAGCUGGUGCAUCCUGUUGUGCUGGCGGAAACAAGAGCUGCUCCGCUGGAUGCCAAGCUAGCUGCGGGACUGGAUGCGGCACUGGAUGUGGCACUGGAUGUUGCGCUGGUGGGUAUGCAAAAUGUGAACCUGCGUGCAAAGCUGACUGUGGCACUGGGUGGUGCGGAAGUUGUGCCGGUGGCCAUUGUGGUACCUGUGGCGGGUCGUGCUGGAGUUGUGGGGCCUGUGGUGCUUGCGGAGGUGGCUGCGAAGCCUGCUGGACUUGUGUGGUGGACAUCUUCAAUCCAUGCGAUGCAGGCUUCGACGUGGACACUGCCCCAGAGCCACCGAAGCAGUUCAAUCGCUACAAGCCCUUCUCCAUGACGGCCUCAUCAGUCGGUUUCCCUUUCAUUUGCCAAUCGCGACGUGUGGAGAAAGACUGUGACUCAAACUUUGUGGACGGCUACAACGGUCAGGAACCCAAUCCGGUGUACCGAGAGCCGAUGAAUGCACCACGCAACAGCAGCAUUUUGCGAUGCCGCGGCGAAGAGUAUUCAUAUGAGCCACAUUUAGGGUAUGCCCCUCAAGUUCAAGAUGGUGUGCCGUACUACUGCGUCUUCGUAUCGGCCGACAUUUUGGUGAAGAUGAUGGAGUUUGAAUGGAUUGAUGACCUCACUAGCGAUGUCUUUGUGGCCAGCUUCAUUUACUUUCCCAACGCAGACGCCAUUUCUCUGAUGAGACUGAACUUCUUGUUCGCAGACACAGGGCGUAUCCUCUCAGAUGCCGUGAUCGACACACACAGUGUGCUGCAGGACUCACCACGCUGGAACAUCUAUUUGGGUUUGAUGAGCACCUUCUUGGCGCUGGUGGGUGCAAGGAUUUGCUGGGUCAUUGUCAAAUGCAUUCGGGUCAAAGAAAAGCGGAGGCUCACCUACGACAGCAUCCUCAUCCUGAUGCUUGGAGCCUAUGGCAUCACAGACUUCCUUAUUCGAACAGUCAGUGAAGACACGACCAUGAGUGGGCUUCUCUCUUUAUUGUCUCAGAUUCUGCAAGUUGAUGACCCAACCAGCAGGGAGACCGUCGAGGCGGUGAUCAAUGGCUCCUUCAAGACCUUGAGCGUGAUCAAGGCUACUGUCUAUCAACAGGAGCUCAUGAAGGUUGCAGCCUAUGUGCUGGUCUUUAUGUGCCUGCUGCGACUCAUUCAGUACAUGGAGGUUCACCCAAGAGUCGACCUGAUUGCUCGCACCGUCAAGACUGCUGGUGGAGACAUGUUCCACUUCUUCAUGAUUUUCUUGUUGGUCUUUGCGAUCAUGGCAUGGCUCGCGCAUUGGUCCUUCGGUCCAGACAAGAUCAUGUUCUCCACCUUUCAGACUUCUGCCAACACAUGCUUUCAGAUGUUGAUUGGAGAAUAUCCAUUUGAGGAUGAAUGGACAGAGGGCUGGAAGCAAAAAAUGUGGUAUGUCUUGUACACCUUCUUGUUGUUUCUGGUUUCGCUGAAUAUUUUGCUUGCCAUCAUAGUUGAAAGUUUCUUGCGGGUGAAGCAGGAUACAGAUGGGCGACAUGAAGUGAAGAGUCUGUUCCCGGACAUUAUGUUUCUGUUUUUGCGGCGGCUUCUAGCGUUCCAACAUCGUUGGCCUUCAACGCAUGCAGUCAUGCGGCAUUUGGAGGCCACUCGCCUGGAGCAGUCGGCCGUUUCUACGCGUGAGCUGAUGACAUCGAACUACGCUCACUUUGUCACCAAGGAUGCAGCCUUGAGCUUCUUGAAGUGCUACCACUGGUAUUUGGGCACAAUUAUUCUGGAUGACAAGGGCCGAGAGUACGAGGAGUGUCGGAAGUUUGUUCUGGACUACAUGUGCGAGGGAAACUGCUUCGACCUGGACUUUGGACGGUUCAUGACUUGCGUCAUCCACAUUCAGUGCGUGGUCCGGCGCAAGAUUGCGUACAAGAAGGCCGAUCGUCUUAGAAGGCAGAAGCAGCGAGCUGCCGAUCGUCGGCAGAACAUUAUGAAACUUGGGACUGACUCCAUGGAUCUGAAGACUUCACCGGAUGGCGUUGUACGGGAGUUUGGCUCGUGGCUUGGGGUGCAUCCCCAGGUUGUUGAUGCGUUGCUCCUCAUGAGGGCCGCUGGGAUGAAGAGCAGCGGCGUGGGGGAGGCGGUGAACUCAAUUGGCACCCAGAGCACCUCGCUUGGUGAGGACAUGCCAAAGCCUUCGGCUCAAGUGAUGAGAUCGAUACAAAGGCCGGAGGAGGAGUUUGAGGAGUCGCAGCUGGUGGAUCCGGCCACAGCUGCGGCAGCUGCGGCUGCAGAUCCGAACGCCUCCGCAGAUGUCAUCAUGGGCUCUGUCAGUGCUCAUACCCAGAUUGCUCAGACGGUGGCGGCCAUGCCACAGGCACACUUGCAGCUCUGUCUUGGUACGAUGCAGGAGCUUGCGAAAGCAGCGCCUGAGCGUGCACGUGCCACCCUCUUGGAGCAUCCCCAGCUUUGUGCGGCUCCAGCUCAGAGCUCACAGCUGAAAAACGAAGAGAUGGCCUCCUUCAUGGAGGGCACAUCGGAGGAAAAGAUGCCGUUACUGGAAGAAGGAAAAGCAGAAGCUGCAAACGAGGCAGCAAAUGAAAAUGAGGAGGUUGCAGAGGCAGAUUCCAUGAGCUAUGAUGCUCGGACCUUGGUAACCUUCAAGGUCUUCAGCAAUCUGGCUGGCACUGUUUGGACGAAAGCAUCCCUGUGGAAAAUGAUGGGGACGCUUCUCCUGAUUGCCUUGACUGUGGCAACCUGUAUCGCCGUGAUGGUGAAGGAUCCUGCCAAGCUCAAUGUGGCGAGAUUCCAGCGCAUCAGCAAUUUCUUGGAAGUUGUCGUGGGCCUGCUUCUCGGUUUCUUCCUGUCCAGUUCUAUGCAAAGGUGGUACAGCUGCACGAAUGGUUUCUUGGAACUCUUUGAUGCCAUCCGCGGCUUGCACAUGCAGUUGAAUGCGAUGGGUGUAUCUAAGGCACCUAGCCUUUGUCAGUUUAGCUGUGCAGGUGGAAACAGAAUCUGA